AAACUCUUAAACCACGAGAUGAUGACCUGAGCUGAAAUCAAACAUGACUGACUGAGCGACCCAGAUGCCCCUAUUUCAUUUUAUUUUAAACAUAGUGGCAUUCCGAGUAAUAAAUGACUUUCUAGGAGACUUUAAAAAUAAACUAUGAAGUUGACUCAAAAAUUCUAUUUGAAAAGUGCUGGCUAAUAGGGGUAACAUCUGGACAGCCAUUAUGACAUACAGAUGUUAUACUGAUUUCAAAUACUCCUUACUCCUAAUUUAGUAGGAAAAAAUUAAAGCAUGCUUCAGGAUCAUAUUUUUAACUAUGAAAUAGGAAAACUGUCACUUGAAGUUUCUGUCCUCGCGAGUAACCAUUGGUACUUAGUAUUUACAAAUAUUAAGUAUGUGUUAACUUGGGAAAAAACAUAACAUAGUGAUGAAGGCUUGUAGGUCAGUAACUACUAUUCUCUACCAUUAAUAUCACUUGCCUUUAAAACAGAACACAAAGCUCACUGGGUGAAUGGGCAGUGUGGAAAAUGUUGAAUUCUAGUUUUCUUAAACUAGAUAGACUUUUGUAUUGGUAACAUUUUAUAUAACAAAAUAGGCUUAAAUAUAAAAUCCUUAUUAAUCUUAAUGUUUCAUCUUAAAAGAAGAGUUAAAGUAUCUUGGAUUUGCUUCAAAAUAAUGAGGGUGUACAAAUUAUAUUAAAUGAAGAUGGCCUUGUGUUGAUCGUUAUUGUCAUUGGGUGAUGAGUAUAUGAAGAUUCAAUAAUAAUACUCCCUACUUUGUAGAAGUUUGAAAUUUUCCUAUAAUAAAUUUCUUUAAAACACUAAGCAUAUAGUCUGUAAUAAUAUAAUACUAAAAUUAGGGGCUAUUAUAUAAGUUCAUUUUCAAGAAGCAAUAUAUAAAUAUUCUAUAUAUAGAGAAAUAAAUAUCGUAUGUUUCUAUUUGUAUGUAAUUGGCCCCCAGUCCUCGGUGUUGCAGUUGACAGCCACUCAGGAGGACGAGGGGGUCAAUGCAGAAGUAAACAACUACCUCAGGAGCACUUCACAGAGUACAGGGCAUAUAUAUAAAUAUGUAUAGGAAUUUCGAAGAGGAAUAUAUAUAUUAUAGAGAUUGUAGAGAACAAUUGGAUUCAAGAGGAAAAUGCCUGCGGUUCCACACGGGGCCUCUGGGCGCCGCUGUCGGCCAGUACAGGGCAAGCGCAGUCGCCUGGGAUUUCUGUCUCCAGCCUGGGAUUUCCUGGGCAGUCACCAACACAGAAGAAAAUCUGCUCAUACAACUGGGUCUCCUGGAGGCGCAGACUUUGCCCAACAUUUACGGAUUCCCAGGUACGCUUGUCAUGGGUGGAAUGCUCUUCCAGUGACGCCGUGGAUUGCAGUUUCUUUGACAUUCCGGAAAGACUGGGACCCAGCGAGAACUAGAGCGCGCAAUGGGAGGGAGCUGCGUUCAGAGGCGCCCGGCCGGCAGGCGGCAGGUACUGUUUCCCUUCCUGCUACCUUUGUUCUACCCCGCGGUCAGCGAGCCGAUCCGCUACUCGAUUCCCGAGGAACUGGCCAAGGGCUCGGUGGUGGGGAACCUCGCCAAGGAUCUCGGGCUCAGUGUCCUGGACGUGUCAGCUAGGAAGCUGCGAGUCAGCACGGAGAAGCUGCUUUUCAACGUAGACGCGGAGAGCGGGGACUUACUAGUGAAGGACCGAAUAGACCGGGAGCAGAUAUGCAAAGAGAGAAGAAGAUGUGAGUUGCAGUUGGAAGCCGUGGUGGAAAAUCCUUUAAAUAUCUUUCAUAUCAUUGUGGUUGUUGAGGAUAUUAAUGACCAUGCCCCUCAAUUCGAUAAAAAGGAAAUACUUUUAGAAAUUUUUGAAUCUGUAUCAGAAGGUGCACGAAUAUCCCUUGACCCUGCCACUGACCCCGAUAUAAACAUGAACUCAGUUAAAGAUUAUCAGAUAAAUCCUAACCCUUAUUUCUCAUUAAUGGUUAGAGUUAAUUCCGAUGGUGGUAAAUAUCCAGAGUUAACUUUGGAAAAACUCCUAGACAGGGAAGAGCAGCAUUCUCAUCACUUGAUAUUGACUGCCUUGGAUGGGGGGAACCCACCAAGAAGUGCCACCACUCGAAUAGAAAUCUCUGUCAGGGAUGCUAAUGAUAACUUUCCGGUGUUCAGCAAAGAUGAAUACAGAAUCAGUAUUAGUGAAAAUCUGCCCCCUGGAUCCUCCGUGUUGCAGGUGACAGCCACUGACAAGGAUGAGGGGGUCAAUGCAGAAGUGAACUACUACUUCAGGAGCACUGCUCAGAGUACAAGGUACAUGUUCUUGCUGAAUGAGAAAACAGGUAUGAUUAAGAAUAACCAGUCAUUGGAUUUUGAGGAUAUAGAAAGAUAUACCAUGGAAGUGGAAGCAAGGGAUGGAGGUGGACUCUCUACCCAAUGUAAAGUAAUCAUUGAAAUCCUAGAUGAAAACGACAACAGGCCAGAAAUAAUCAUCACCUCUCUCUCUGAUGAAAUUUUGGAGGAUUCUCUUCCAGGAAUGGUGGUUGUUCUCUUCAAAACACGGGACAAGGAUUUCGGGGGAAAUGGAGAAGUCACAUGUAACAUAGAAAAGGAUAUUCCUUUCAAGAUUUACUCCUCUUCUAAUAAUUACUACAAGCUGGUGACAGAUGGACCCCUAGACCGAGAACAGACUCCGGAAUACAAC